GCUCACAAUUUGUCUUCUUCUAGCCUGCUAACUAUGAUGUGCCUCACACGCUUCGGCGCAUUAUUGCCAUCUACUGUACUAUAGGUGAUAUCCAGAUUUGGACAGGCUAACUUUUGCUAGCUAGUGUGGGAAUAUGUUUAUAUUGCAUUAUUGUUCAACCAGAUUUAUAUAUUUAAAAAAUGUGUAGGUGACCACUCACAGAAACAAUGCAAUGUUAUUUCAGGAGGUGAUUUAGAUUUGUUUUAUUAACCAUCUACAAAGACCAUUCUCAUCCCAACCGCUGUCGUCAUAUCAUUUCCAGAUCCCCACUAGCAGUAGUAGAUGUGUCUCGUGAAAAAACAAACAAUAGACGCUGAGCACGGUUUCAGGUUCCCAGUCGAUUUUCCAGACAGCCUUUCUUUGAACACGUACCCAACUGUUUACUUGUGUUGAAAAAAAUCCAUUGGAAAAGGAGGUACCUUCUUCUGCUUGGUUGACAUCCCUGUCCAUAUAUCUAGUGUUUUUUUGUGGUUGCAUAACCGAGUUAAGUAUGGAGGCAGGGGCGUGCGACAAUGCUGCUGCAGAACAGGGGGACUCUUCUGGGAGUAGUGAUGAAGGGACCAUGGACAAGGACACGGCACCAACAGCAGAGGGGGUAGUGGAAAGUGAGAGCAGGAUGAAGCAUCUGUUUGGGUUUGAGAAGGAGGACCUGUCCUCCUGGCAUCACCUGGUGUAUCUCCUAAACCGCCCGACUGACCCUGCUUCUCUGGGCAUCUUCCACUUCCUGUUUGCAUGGAACAACCACUCUUACCUUUACGGCCUCAUUGGCUUCCAGUUGACAUUCAUGGGAUGCCAAUAGAUAUUGGUCAAUAGAUGGAUUAUGUAAUCCUAAGAAAAACAAUGCCCAAGUGCCACUUUGGAACUGUACUCUUCUGAGGUUUCAGAUUUUCAUAGUACACUUCAUUGCUGGAAUCAAGAAAUUGGAUGCAGACUGGGUGGGGAAUAUUUCAUGUCAUACUUGGCACACCAUUGGCCUUUUUUUACCCUUUCAGGAUGAUUCUGCCUAAUGAAACGGUAGGUCUACUGGUUGUCCAUGGAGGUGGUCUUCGUCUGGAUCUGCCCUUUUGGCAUUUUCUUUGUCAGUUACUUUCACUGUAUGAAUUCCCCACUCUUCAGCAUCGGUGAGAACCCAUUGAUUAAUUGUAUUUAGUUAUCGUAACGAAUGAUCAAAUAUUAUAAUUCAAACUACAAAAUCCGUGAGGGCUGCUUGUAAUUACUAAACCUAGUCAUUAAACGAUUGCAUUUCUUUAUCACUUAUUUGUAUUUUUUAUUUAACGAGGGAAGUCAGUUAAGAACAAAUUCUUAUUUACAAUGACGGCCUAACCUUGAGGGCAACAUAAUGCAAGCAGUCUCCUGUGUCCCAGAAAGCAUUUCAAAGCUAUCUUUUCUAUAAUGAUCCACUAUUUAAGUUCAUCUAUAAUCCCCUACUGAUCACAUUGUCCUUUAUUUUAUCUGCCGGUAUGUUUGCCUACACCAUGCUGGCCACGAGUCCUCUCUUCUGCUACCCCGACUGGCCCAGGAACUUCUUUAGUCGCUUCCCAGAGUUCCUCAUGCCAGUGCUGCCGCUCACAUCUCCUCCCCCACAGCCCAGCAUCUCCUGUGUUUACCCAGAGACCCAAAACACCUCUACAGGAUCCAUUCUGCCCCCAAGGCCUCCAAAACACGGUUUAAACACAAGCUGGCAACUCUGUUCACCAUUCUGUACCUGGCUGAACAGUUCUUCCUGCCUUACUCUCACUUCAUCACAUAGCAUGUCAAGAUCACCUACCAAGAUGGAAAAACAGGAGAGGUUGGAUACCUCAACCCUGGGGUGUUCACUCAGAGUCGGCGGUGUAAGGACCAUGGGGGCAUGCUGAAGCAGUAUGCCACCUGCCUCACUACAACAUCUCUGGCCCAGAGAUCUACUUUGACAUCUGGGUGUCCAUCAAUGAAUGCUUCCAACAACGUUAGGAUCUUUGACCCCCGUGUGAACAUUGUGAAGGCAGACUGGUCACCAUUACGCCCAAAUCCAUGGCUCACACCUUGCUGGUGGACCUCUCUCCCUGAAUAGAGGACUCUUUGGACAACCAGACAGUCUUCAUCGCAGACUUCCCAGGUCUCCACCUAGAUAACUAUGUCAGUGAGGACCUGGGCAACACCAGUGUGCAGGUGCUGCAGGGCCUGCUGAAUGUUAAGAUAGUGGAUGAGAAGGAGAACUACACGCUCCAACCUGGAGAGCAGAAGCAGCUUCCUGCUGGGGCUGAGGAGCCGUCCUGCUACAUGUACAUCUACGGCAACACCACAGAGGCAGCGCUACAGAGGAACUUCUCUAAGCUGUUUGAACUGCAGGAGCGGGUCCGCAACGGAACAGAAACAGAGCCCCUGCCUCCAGAGCUCCAGCCACUCAUCACUGGAGACAACGAUGAGGGGUCAGAGGUCAAUGUGACGGAUCCCAUCGUCCAGCUGUUUCUACGCCGACAGUGACGAACUAAGGAAGUGAAGAAGCACAGGGAACCCAACAUGUUCGAAAGGCUGAACCGGUUUACUGUGAAAGUACUACAUGCUGUGGCAAACAAAUAUUUGGCAAUCGAUUAGGAAUGCCUUGGAUCGCGAUCGACUGGUUGGUGACCACUGGCUUACAGGCUCUGGCGAGGGUUGUCACUGGGGAGGAAACACAAAACGCCUGGGACAAGCUGAACAAAUGGGACAGUUGCCAGGACUGUGCCCAAAUAAUUGAACUCCUUACAGCCCUUCUCUCCAAUCCAGACAUGCAGACCAAGAUCAGGACCGAGCUGGAGAAACUGUGUGACCACAUGCCAGGUCCUGCAGCACCUAAACUGUGCCGGGAGCAGGUGGAUAAGAACCUCCCACUGUCCUUCGCCUUCUUGACCAGCUUCGCCAAACCAGCUCAGGUGUGCUCUGUGUUGGGACUGUGUGACUCCCAGUCAGAGGACCAGCAGCAUGACCUGCUGACCAAUCACAUUCAAGACACUCUGAAGUCAUCCAUGACAAUGACAAAGGUGCAGUUCUCACCACAAUGUACCUUCUGCGUUUAUCUCAUCAAGAUACUGAAGAAUAUGCUGCCAAAAAUGGCUGUGAUUGAUAUGCUGGGGAAGGUGUGUGGCAUUCUGCCCUCAUCUUACAGAGAUCAGUGUGAGAACCUGAUAGAGAAGUAUGGUAAGAUGCUGAUGGACAUGCUCCUGAGCUACAUCAACCCUGAGGCCAUCUGCACCCUCAUCCAAGUCUGUCAUGGCAUGGAGACGCUUGUCAGUGAGAGUGCUCCUCUGUCUGACUGUGAUUCCUGUCUGACCCUGGCGGUUUUGACUCAUCUACAGCUGGGCUCCAAUGCUUCAGAGCCCCAAACCACCUCCUUCCUGGGCUCUGUCUGCCAGCUCCACCCCAAUACCCUCCCCAAGUGUGACGGCUUCACCAAGCUCCAUGGCCACCAGCUUAAGGGGGUUCUGGGUAAACCAGAGUCUGCCCUUAAUGUGUGUGAGAGGGUGGGUCUGUGUGGGGGAGUGAGAGAGGCAGGAGAACAGAGAGAGGACCCAUGCAUUCUGGGCACCAGCUACAGGUGCAGAGACCUCAAGACUGCCCUGGAAUGCGGGACAGUGUCCUUCUGCCAGAAGUUUUUGUGGAAGUAAGAACCUUCACCCAGCACCUCCUCACAAAGUGGACGACUGACAAGAUUUAGAGAGCCUGCAGCCUUUGCUACGAUGAAUGAUCCCAAAGCUUUCAACAUCAAAUUGUAAAAACUUGAUAUUUACUGUGUCAAUAUCAGAGAACAUGUCCUGCAGACAUGGACAUUGAUUGCACGGAGUAUUUUGCCAAUGAUAUUUUAUAAAGCUCUUUUGUCCUUUUAUCUGCUGUACACAGACUCUGUAUGAACUCCACAAAGCAAGUCAAUGAAUUCCUAGGGCUGGGGAUUUCUCAAGAGAACACAAUCAAGAUAUUGAAACUAGACAUUCUUUAUAUUUGCUGUAAAGGUGGCCUAGAAAAGGUACUGGGGAAAUGAUUAGAUUAAACUAGGGCUGAGGUGUUGACACACCAACGAUAUGAAGAACUACUGACUUGCAACGUGUAUGCUUGCGAUUUUAGCUGUACAUGUAGUCAUAAAAUCCUUCUCAAAUAUAUUAGUGUUCAUGCCCAUUCUCCUUGUUACUGAAAUGUUAAAAAUAAGGUGUGAUCAAAGCUAAACAACUAUCAAUUUACUCAAAUAAUAAA